GGCCGGGCGCGACCCCAGCAGGCCGCGGUGCGCAGGAGCCCCGGCUCCCAGCGGAGGCCCGACGGGGCGCCCGGCAUGUGGGACCCGCAGGAGUUUGAGCGCCACUGGCAAGCCGAGUUCCCCGGGCAGGAGGCACCGGCCAUGACGCUGGAGUCGGUGCAGGACAUGGAGCGGGAGCUGGAGCGCUGCAAACUCAACCUGAAGCAGUUGCAACAGGUGUUGGCGGAAGAGAAGUUCAAAGUCUCCUACCUGCAGGCGGCCCUGGCUGGGGAGAAGCCGGACCUACCCGGCAGCCGCCUGGCGGGCGAAGACGGCGACUGCGGGGGCGCCGGAGCCCUGGAGCCGGGGCGGGCGGGCUGGGAGCGGGAGUCGACACAGUGCGUGGAGGAGAGGGCAGCGGGGCGCGGCGGGGGCCCCAAUAGGGGUCGCGAUCGGGAGGUGUCGGCCAAGGCCGAGCCUCCUCUCUCCGUGUGCGUGGACCUUCCCACUUGGCCCCGGGUGGCGGAGGGAGGGGGCGCGGUGCGCAGCCUGACCGCCGCCAUCCACCAGCAGCUGGUGCAGCCUCGCCUGCUCUUCAGGCUGCGGGAUGACUGUGCGCCCCCCGGUCACGAUGGCACGGUUGCCCCCGCACCCGGAGAGGAGAGGUCCUCCGGGAGCCGCGCGGGGCGGGGCUCGGAGGAGAGUGAGCCGGACGCCUCGGGCGCCGACGAUGGUGGAGACAGCAGUGACCACGACUUCGAGAUGGUGGAUCUGAAUGAGAAAUUUGUCCUCGGUCACUUGCUUGUGGCCCCCUGUCGGCUUGGAACCCGCGAUGAGGCCGAGAAGCCAGCAAGGGCAUCCAGCCCCCAUCGCUGGAUGCACUUGAUCCCCGGGGGCCGGAGGCAGCAGCGCCGGAAAGACCAGGAGCAUGUGGAGGUGGAGGCCAAGGAGGAUGAGGCCCCCAAGCGCGGGGCCCGGGAGCACCUCACCCAGUGGGGGCGCAAGAGGUUCCUGAGGGUGCCAGAGCGGGACUCGCCCAGUCACAGCUCGCCCGAGAGAGGCAGCGACUGUAGCCGCAACAGCUCAGAUCACGAGGAAGGCUUCUCGGCAGACUUCAGCUACGGAGCCGACGACUACGACGCAGAGGGGCAUGAGGAGCAGAAGGGGCCCCCCGAGGGCUCGGAGACCAUGCCGUACAUCGAUGAAUCACCCACCAUGUCACCCCAGCUCAGCGCUCGCAGCCAAGGCGGUGGGGACAGCAUUUCUCCCACCCCACCUGAGGGACUGGCACCUGGGGUGGAAGCAGGGAAAGGCUUGGAGAUGAGGAAACUUGUUCUGUCUGGCUUCCUGGCCAGUGAAGAGAUCUACAUCAACCAGCUGGAAGCCUUGUUGCUGCCUAUGAAGCCCCUGAAGGCCACAGCCACCACCUCCCAGCCCGUACUCACCAUCCAGCAGAUCGAGACCAUCUUCUACAAGAUCCAGGACAUCUAUGAGAUCCACAAGGAGUUCUACGACAACCUCUGCCCCAAGGUGCAGCAGUGGGACAGCCAGGUCACCAUGGGCCACCUCUUCCAGAAGCUGGCCAGCCAGCUUGGUGUGUACAAAGCAUUUGUGGAUAACUAUAAAGUUGCUCUGGAGACAGCUGAGAAGUGCAGCCAAUCUAACAACCAGUUCCAGAAGAUCUCAGAGGAACUCAAAGUGAAAGGGCCCAAGGACUCCAAGGACAGCCACACAUCAGUCACCAUGGAAGCUCUGCUCUACAAGCCAAUUGACCGAGUCACUCGGAGCACGCUGGUCCUACACGACCUGUUGAAGCACACACCUGUGGACCACCCAGACUACCCACUGCUGCAAGAUGCCCUCCGCAUCUCCCAGAACUUCCUGUCCAGCAUCAAUGAGGACAUUGACCCCCGUCGGACUGCAGUCACAACCCCCAAGGGGGAGACACGGCAGCUGGUGAAGGACGGCUUCCUGGUGGAAAUGUCAGAAAGCUCCCGGAAGCUGCGGCACGUCUUCCUCUUCACAGAUGUCCUCCUGUGUGCCAAGCUGAAGAAGACCUCUGCAGGAAAGCACCAGCAAUAUGACUGCAAGUGGUACAUCCCCUUGGCUGACUUAGUGUUUCCGUCCCCUGAGGAGUCUGAGCCUAGCCCCCAGGUGCACCUCUUCCCGGACCAUGAACUGGAGGACAUGAAAAUGAAAAUCUCUGCUCUCAAGAGCGAAAUCCAGAAGGAGAAAGCCAACAAAGGGCAGAGCCGGGCCAUCGAGCGCCUCAAAAAGAAGAUGUUUGAGAAUGAGUUCUUGCUGCUGCUCAAUUCCCCCACAAUCCCGUUUCGGAUCCACAAUCGAAAUGGAAAGAGCUACCUGUUCCUACUCUCCUCAGACUACGAGAGGUCAGAGUGGAGAGAAGCAAUUCAGAAACUACAGAAGAAGGAUCUCCAGGCCUUUGUCCUGAGCUCAGUGGAGCUCCAGGUGCUCACGGGAUCCUGUUUCAAGCUUAGGACUGUACACAACAUUCCUGUCACCAGCAAUAAAGAUGAUGAUGAAUCUCCUGGACUCUAUGGCUUCCUUCAUGUCAUCGUCCACUCUGCCAAGGGGUUUAAACAGUCAGCCAACCUGUACUGUACCCUGGAGGUGGAUUCCUUUGGCUAUUUUGUCAGCAAAGCCAAAACCAGGGUAUUUCGGGACACGACAGAGCCCAAGUGGGAUGAGGAGUUUGAGAUUGAACUGGAGGGCUCUCAGUCCCUGAGGAUCCUGUGCUACGAGAAGUGCUACGACAAGACCAAGGUCAACAAGGACAACAACGAGAUCGUGGAUAAGAUCAUGGGCAAAGGGCAGAUCCAGUUGGAUCCACAAACUGUAGAAACCAAGAACUGGCAUACGGAUGUGAUCGAGAUGAAUGGGAUCAAAGUGGAAUUCUCCAUGAAAUUCACCAGCCGGGAUAUGAGCCUGAAGAGGACCCCAUCCAAAAAGCAGACUGGUGUCUUCGGGGUGAAGAUCAGCGUGGUGACAAAGCGCGAACGCUCCAAGGUGCCCUACAUCGUGCGGCAGUGUGUGGAGGAGGUAGAGAAGCGAGGCAUCGAGGAGGUCGGCAUCUACCGGAUAUCUGGCGUGGCCACAGACAUCCAGGCUCUGAAGGCUGUCUUUGAUGCCAAUAACAAGGACAUCCUGCUGAUGCUGAGCGACAUGGACAUCAAUGCCAUUGCAGGCACCCUCAAGCUCUACUUCCGGGAACUGCCUGAGCCCCUCCUCACAGACCGACUUUACCCAGCCUUCAUGGAGGGCAUCGCCCUGUCUGACCCUGCUGCCAAGGAGAACUGCAUGAUGCACCUGCUCCGCUCCCUGCCCGACCCCAACCUCAUCACCUUCCUCUUCCUGCUGGAACACUUGAAAAGGGUUGCCGAGAAGGAGCCCAUUAACAAAAUGUCACUUCACAACCUGGCCACGGUGUUUGGCCCCACAUUACUGAGACCCUCAGAAGUGGAGAGUAAAGCACAUCUCACAUCGGCUGCAGACAUCUGGUCUCAUGACGUCAUGGCACAGGUCCAGGUCCUCCUCUACUACCUGCAGCAUCCCCCCAUUUCCUUCGCAGAACUGAAGCGAAACACACUGUACUUUUCCACAGACGUGUAGCCCGAGGCAGGGCAGCUGUGGGGGUGGCCAGAGCCAGCCCCUGCAGCCUGGGCCCAACACAGACUUGAAAGACUGCAACAGAAACUCCCCAGCCCAGCACUCCAGACUCCAGGGGAAGCUGAUUUCCAAGAACUGGAAUUGCGUGCAUCCUUUGUGCCACCUGUACAAAGCCAGCUGACCAGCCCCCAGCUUCAUCACCACACCCCGGCUCCUGCCCUCUGUACCUUUAGUUGUGUCUGAUGCUGCGUGCUGUUCAGGAAUUGUUUUAUGUGUAUUUGUCAUGCAGAAAAGGUCCUCACCAACCCGGUGUGGGCAGACAGGCAGCCUGCUCUGUUCUUUCAUGUUCCCCAACUUUCUUUCUUCCCGAGUCCAGUCCAAAGGCUUUUACUUUGCACUCUGUAACUGCUGCCAGCUUCUCUUGGCCCUGCUCCCAGAUCUCAGCCUCCCCUCGGUGUCCUCUGCCCUCUUCUUCCCAGCUUGCCGCAUGCAUGUGCGGCCUCGGGUUUCUCUCCACCACCUGGAACGUUCUGCAGAAGCCCUGGGUGGCAGUGGCAGCCAUUUGACACCACUGCACACGGCCCUCGGCCUCUCCCUGCCCUCCACCCAUGGAGGCACACCUGCUUGGCCUUGCUACCUGUGCAAAUGUUGGACAAGGAGACAGACUCACACUAAUCCUCAGCAGAGCUGGAGAGCUGAUUUCUGGAACUUUCCAUCUGAAAGUCGCCAUUUCUGGGGUUUGUUCUGUCUCCUGCCUACCAGUGAGGCAUUUUGACUGUUUCUUCUACUACUGAAUUUUCAGUUCCUUUUCCCCAGUGUUCUAUUUCCUUUAAGUGUAAAGGCCUGCAAGUGACCGGCUACCAAGAGAUGAGGGUCAGGAAGACGUGUGGGGACGUGGGGAUGUGGAGAGCCAGGUGGCUAAGGACCAGGACAGCGCAGGGACACAGCGCUGAGCAUCACUGGCAGCGAGCGGGAAGGACUUGGAGGCUUUCUAGCAGAACCCGGCUUCCUGGAGGGUGACUUCUGUGGCUGAAGCAGGUGUCCAGACUGGCGCAGGCUCCAUCCUGGAGGCUGCUGGCACCACACAUACCUCGUGGUACUUUUGCCUUAGACUUUACACACUCCACAGCCAAGCACUGCCACGGGCAGCCCUCCCAGCCACAUGUGCUGCAGGCCUGAGAAAGGCAGGCACAACAAAAUGGCUAGGGGCCAACAGCCAGCAGUGCUGCCCCUGCCUUGCCCCCAUUCCCAGAUGCAGCCUAGAGAAAGGCUGGGGAACUCCAGAAGCUGGGGGAGGAUGAGGAAUUAGGCACGGACUCUCAGGACUGGAAGUAGGGGACUAGUGGGUGCCAUCCCAACUUUGACAGCCACGGCUCAGUACUGCAAAGCAGGUUUAUUCCCAAAGCUAUAUUUCUUGCUUGAGCAGUGGCCUUCAGCCUGAGGGCAGAUGCUCUUCUAAGAGCUCAGGCUCUAGCACAGCCCUCAGGCUCUUGUGUGUUAGCAGAUUCUAAACCCUCCCUCAGGAUUGAGAACAGUUCCCACUGUGUAUGCUCAGGACUAAGUCUGAAGAAGGAUUUGCUGGCCCCAAGGCUGUGGUGCUUGCUAAGUGAGGCAGGGCUCUUUCUACUGUCUUUGGCAGAACAGUCCACUCACACAUGGAGGAAAGAAAUGCCAACCACCCAGCUGCCCAUUAGCAGAGUAGCAAGGAGCCCUGCUCUCUGGGGUAGGAGGUGAAAAAAACCACUUGAGCAUUAAGACCCCAGCAGCUGACCAGUCCUCAAAUGUCUGCUUAGUGAAUGGGUGCUGGUGUGUGGCUAUAGGUUCUUGCUUCCAAAGGAUCAAGGAUAACAGAUUAGAGGCCCAAGUAGAGCUAGUUACAGCCCCAACUUGCUUAGGCAAUAUACAAGGUGAAAGGCUACAAGGGCUGAGAAACACAAAAGGCUCAUGAUAUUUACAAUUCCACCGAGUGGGAAGGACUGCGUGCCAGAGCUGGACUGAGCUGCAUGGGGGAAAUGACCCUGUGGGUUCUCCUGAGGCAGGGACCAUGCAGCCCAGAACCCCAGUCACCCUUGCCCAGCAGGUGGCCUGUGCCAACUGAAGGCAGCUCCAGGAAUCCCAGGCAUGCAUUUCUCGCUGGGCAGGGGCUGAGGGUUGCCAGUUUUUGUUGAUGGAGGUAGGAAAGGACCCUUCAUUAAUAUUUGACUUUAAUAAGUUGGUAAGGAUAUAUUUUUUUUGUCUCUGUUCUGUUUUCAAUUUAUGUAGAUUAUAAAAUGAUGUAAACCACGUGAGAGGAAAAUGUUAAUAAAAAAAAAUGCAAAGCCCCAACAUUUGCACAAAACUCA